AUGGAAGUGUCACUGCUUCGGCGGGAAGUCUUGCGGUCAACCAAGCUCAGAAGUCGGGGAGCAUCCAGCUCCGUUGGGUUAGGCGAUUACUUCGACGCGACAUAUACUGUGCUCGUUGAUGUUGGAGAUACCACGUUGCCUCUGGUACUAGAUACAGGUUCUGCCGAUCUUUGGGUAUUGUCGCAGCAAUCUCCAACAGAAUCCGUCCCGGUCUACGCCGACGUAUCGUUCAACUCGGCUGGUCUUGACGCGGCUUUUCUCUAUGGCGAUUCGCGAACAGGCACAGCGGCAUAUGGACCCAUCGGUCGCGAUGUCUUCUCGUUAGCCGGUCUUCCUAGUCCCAACCAGUACUUUGCUUCUGUCGGCAAAACAAAUACGAGCGUAGAGCGUACGGGUGCUGCAGGCAUAUUCGGGCUUGGAUUCCCGCUCAACAGCGUCAUAUGGAACGAACUUCUCAGCGCCCAGUAUCCUCGUGCUCGUCGACGAUCUAAGGAUCUGGAUCUGACUACGAAGACUUUUCCUGACCUGUCGUUCAUCUCUACGUCCCAGUUGGCUCCUGUUUCGGGAACCAAGGUUCCAUUGCGACGGGCUAUACCGACUGUGGAGGAUGUCCUCGAUAGCUUCGCUUCAUAUGGUCCCCCAACAGCUCGUCUGGCACUUGGUGGCGCACUAGCUGCACCCAUGUUUUGUAUUGCUCUACAGAGAGAAGUCGUUGACAUCGGUGGAAAUGCCGGAGCUCUCACACUUGGCGGCCUUCCUGCCGGAGUCGACGCUCAGGCAUUGAAGUGGGCCAAUGUUCGCACCUACGCCAGUGAAGAAGGUGGACUGGGGGCACCUAUGACUUCUCCUGACGAAAAGUAUCCUUUGGCUUGGGAAGUCCCCGUGGACGACGUCUAUCUGGAUGGGCAACGGCUUCCCCGUUCGAACCUAUCUUCGGCCACCAUCGCCCUCACGGCGCUCAUUGACACAGGAUCCUCCCUCGUACGCGGGCCCGCGGAUGUGCUGGCGCUCAUCUACUCGCGGAUCGGCGGAGAAGACUAUCCAUGUGGAACUGUUCACACGCUCGCUUUCAGCAUUGCUGGACAGCUCUUCCCUAUGGAUCCACGCGACUUCGGCUCCCAAUCCUUCGACGAUUCGGCUGCUACUUGCACGCCUGCUCUUGCUCCUGCCGAUCCUCCUGGUGGUGGAUUUCUCUAUAGUUGGAGCCUUGGCGAUCCAUUCCUGAAAGGGGUGCUGACCGCUUACUACUACGGCAACUUGACAUAUCCUUCCCAAGAUCUUCCGCGCAUUGGCUUUUUGUCCACUGUGCCGCCCGAUGCCGGAGACCGCCUGGCUCACGUUGUCGAAAAUGCCGUGACUGCGGGCGAACUCCUCGCUUCGACGGCUGAGCCUGCCCCCACCGGCUAUGUACUUGGACCCACCAACUCUCUUGGAGUGCCGCAAGCCGUUCCCAGCGGCUCUACGCACGUGGACAACUUCGCUUCCCCAAGAGUAGUCGUGGAUCCGAUUUUAACGAUGCUCGCUGUUUGUCUCAGCGUACUGCUAUUCUCGUACUGA